UCACCACCCAGCGACAGCUUCCCAGGCUGUUGCUAUGCAGGGAGGCGGCGGACGUCAUCAUCCGGGGACUGUUCCUGUGGUGUUUGGAAGGGAUGGCGGAGGCGCAGAACCUGGAGGCUUUCUCCCUGGCUAUUCACUCUAUCCAGGCGCUACGUUCCAGCGUCACCCGGGUCUUCGAGUGUCUGAAGGAUGGCAUGAAGAAUAAGGAGAGCCAGGAGGUCCGGGAGAGAGCCUUCCUCAAUGAGUUCCAGGAGAACCUCGACUGCGUCAACCGGGACCUCAAUGAGCUGGAACGUCUCAGUAACUUGGUUGGGAAACCUUCUGAAAACCAUCCACUCCACAAUAGCGGCUUACUCAGCCUCGAUCCAGUUCAUGAUAAGACUCCUCUGUACAGCCAGCUGCUUCAGGCCUACAAGUGGUCUAAUAAGUUGCAGUACCAUUCUGGCCUAGCUUCUGGUCUGCUAAAUCAGCAGUCACUGAAACGUUCAGCCAAUCAGAUGGGAGUGUCUGCCAAGCGUCGGCCUAAGGCCCAGCCUACAACCCUCGUUCUUCCACCACAUUACAUCGAUGAUGUUAUUAGCCGUAUAGAUCGCAUGUUUCCAGAGAUGACCAUCCACUUAUCAAGACCCAACGGCUCAUCAGCUAUGCUGCUGGUGACACUGGGCAAAGUAUUGAAAGUGAUUGUAGUGAUGCGUAGUCUGUUUAUUGAUCGCACCAUUGUAAAGGGUUACAACGAAAAUGUUUACACAGAAGAUGGCAAGCUGGACAUUUGGUCGAAGUCCAACUAUCAGGUCUUUCAAAAGGUUACCGAUCAUGCCACAACUGCGCUCCUGCACUACCAGCUGCCUCAGAUGCCAGAUGUAGUGGUCCGAUCUUUUAUGACCUGGUUAAGAAGUUACAUCAAGCUGUUUCAGGCUCCUUGCCAACGAUGCGGGAAGUUUUUACAGGACGGCCUGCCACCCACAUGGAGAGAUUUCCGUACUCUGGAGGCUUUUCAUGAUACCUGCCGCCAGUAGUGUCGAAGAGCUGAUCUGUGGGGGCUUUUGGGGACGCCAUCUUCAUGCCACUUUAUUGUGAUUUUCUGGACAAGUUUUUCAAGUUUCUUCAAUGAGAAGAAGUUCCUCCCACCCCAGGGGGACAGUGGACCUUUGAACCCCACAGAUGAGAAAAGGAACUCUCUAAAGGCUCAACAAAUGUACAUCCAAUUCUCAGUGACUGGGGCACAUCAAUGACAUUUAGAUAUGGCUGAAUUCUAAAACUGAGGGGAGAUUGGGAAUUUACUGAUUUAUACAGCUGUUUUCUCAUCUUAUCAAAUGCCAUCUUUAUCUCCAAAGAGACCAGAAAAAUAUAGAAUUUCCUAUCCUUUAUCAUGUUUUGAUAAAUAUUGAGCUAUUGUAUAUCUUUGUUUUGCUUUUGAUAAAAUGUUUUUAUCAUCUU